AAAAAAAAAACAUAUUACUUUAGUCGAUGAUGAUGUACAGUUGCUACCAUCUAGCCCGAUUUAUGACAAACUAGUUUUAGUCAAAUCAAUAGUACUACUUUGACAAACUGCAUUGAGUUUUUUUGGGGUUUUGUUCAUAACGUAACUAAAAAAAACAAAACCCUCGUUUAAUCUUAUUUUUUUGGGAAGUAACCGUUAGCAUCACUUUUCUCCUCAGCAUUUCAACUUCGACGACAUCUGGAUAACUUGGCUACUCUCUAGCUAGCUAUUCUUUCCUUUCUUUUGUCUUGUCAACUUUUUUUUGUUUUUAUUUGGUGGUUUCUAUUUAGGUAGUUGUUUUUUUUCUUCCUCCCCCAGAGUUAAUUUCAAAAAAUAUAUCUAUAUUUUUCUACCGGACAUUUUAUUCAAGAUAGGCAGCUCGGCAGCUAAGAUGUCGAACCGAGCCGUUAGCAGAGAAGCAAGUCACGCUGGCAGUUGGUACACCGCCUCAGGCUCCCAGCUGAAUACACAACUAGAAGGCUGGUUGUCUCAAGCACAAUCCACUGUCAGCCCUGCUAGAGCCAUUAUAGCGCCCCAUGCAGGAUAUUCGUACUGCGGUGCUUGUGCUGCACACGCCUACAAACAAAUCGACCCUUCUGUUACUCGCAGGGUGUUCAUCUUGGGUCCGUCUCACCAUGUUCCUCUGUCCCGCUGUGCCCUGUCCUCCGCUGAGAUUUAUAAAACGCCUCUCUACGACCUCAGGAUUGACCAGAAGGUCUAUGCUGACCUCUGGAAGACUGGGAUGUUUGAGAGGAUGAGCCUUCAGACAGACGAGGAUGAGCACAGCAUUGAAAUGCACCUGCCUUACACUGCUAAAGCCAUGGAGAGUCAUAAAGACGAGCUCAGCAUUGUCCCGGUGCUGGUGGGAGCCCUCAGUGAGUCUAAAGAACAGGAUUAUGGGAAACUGCUCAGCAGGUAUCUGGCCGAUCCCUCCAACUUGUUCAUCAUCUCCUCGGACUUCUGCCACUGGGGCCAACGGUUCUGUUACACCUACUAUGAUGAGGCUCAAGGAGAGAUCCACAGAUCCAUUGAACACCUUGAUAAAAUGGGUAUGGGCAUUAUAGAAACACUGGACCCCAUGUCCUUCACCAACUACUUGAAGAAAUACCACAACACCAUCUGUGGACGUCAUCCUAUUGGAGUGCUGCUGAACGCUGUGUCUGAGCUGAGGAAGAGUGGAACAGAGAUGAACUUUUCCUUCCUGAACUAUGCCCAGUCGUCCCAGUGCAGGAACUGGCAGGACAGCUCUGUUAGCUAUGCAGCCGGGGCCCUCAUUGUACAUUGAUGUGGUCCACUUUGGACGUUCCCAAAUAGCACCCUCUUCCCUAUAUAGUACUUUUUUGACCAGUGCUGAUAGUAGCCUUGUCCAAGCCAGAAAAGCUCAUCCUGUCCUAUGGGAUAAUCUCCUGUUGGUGUAGUGUGUGUGUGUGAGAGAGAGAGAGAGAGAGAGUUUUUGAUGUGCAAGUAAAGCCCUUGGACAGAACACUUGUCUAUCGCAGGGUCAAUAGGGCUCAGAUCAAAAGUAGUGCACUAUAUAGGGAAUAGGGUGCCUUUUAGGACACACACACCUUCCCAGUGGCCACUGUACCUCCGAACCCCUGACCCUCUAUUGCCAUAACGACGACCUGGAUACACCCUGACUCCGCCAGCCAAUGAGAAGAGAGAUUAUAUCCAACAACGCUUCUGAAAUGAGUCUCCUACCUUUUUCUCUUUUCCUCACCGCUCCCCCUCUCCUCACCGCUCCCCCUCUCCUCACCGCUCCCCCUCUCCUCACCGCUCCCCCUCUCCUCACCGCUCCCCCUCUCCUCACCGCUCCCCCUCUCCUCACCGCUCCCCCUCUCCUCACCGCUCCCCCUCUCCUCACCGCUCCCCCUCUCCUCACCGCUCCCCCUCUCCUCACCGCUCCCCCUCUCCUCAUCCUUCUCCUUCUCAGUUUUAAGUGUCAGAGAGAUUUUUUUGGGGUUUAAAUUUUUGGUUGAAGUGCAGUUGCAUAUUUUUUUAAUGAGUUUUUAUUUUUUGGGUCGGAAGGGAAGGGGUGUUUUUGGUUAAUUGGGGAGUAUUUGGGGUUCGUUUAGGGACUCGACUUGUUCCUUAUGACCCUGUUGUUUUCCUGAACAAGACGUUUAAAAUGAAUAUUAAACUUUCAAAUAAGG